AUGGCGGUCGCCGUCGUCUCCGUCGUCCUCCUGUUGUCCAUCCUUCUCGUCUCCGCUCUCCAUGAGCCGGACUCAGCCUCCCUCAGCCUCGUCAUCCCUCUCCUUGGCGGUGGCCUCUCGGCCCAGCUGCGGUCCUCUGUCAGUGGGGGCGGCGUCAGCCUCACAACCUGCCGUCUCCCCGGCGUCGCCUGCGCGCGGAAACGCCGUGGCGUCCUCCGCGCCGUCUCCCUAUCACUGCCGUUCCACGGCCUUGACGGCUCGCUAUCUCCGGCCAUCGGUCGCCUUUCCGGCCUCCGGGAGCUCUCCCUACCCGGAAACCUUCUCUCCGGCGAGAUACCCCCGGAGAUCGCCGGCUGCACCCGCCUCCAGGUUCUCAAUCUCAGCGGCAACACGCUCUCCGGGCAGGUGCCCUUCGAAAUCUCUUCACUUUCCGGUCUCCGCGCUCUUGAUAUCUCCGAGAACAAGAUCAGCGGCAGCUUGGACUUCCUCGCCGGCUUGCGCAACCUCGAGAGACUCUCUCUCGGCGGUAACCUCUUCACGGGUCGGAUCCCUCCGGUCCUCUCCAGUUUGCGCAAACUCCGGUUCCUCCAUCUCACCGGAAACCCAGGCCUCCGCGGUCCCCUUCUCAAUCUUCCCCCCGGUGAAAAGGCAUACUCCUCCGGCGAACCCCUCUCCGAUCGCUACAAAUCUGAGGAGAACUCUUCCCGUGACGAUGAUAGAGCCGACGCUGCUGCUACGGACCUUUCCCCGUCCCCUUCGGCAUCACCACCGGCGAAGAUUACCCCCUGGCAGUUUGUGCGGGAGUACAUUAUAUCGCCCUUGGUGAUGUCGAUCUAUCAGGGUAUCGCUGUAGUAAUUUACCAUUGUCUAGUCGACUGCUGGUGCGGCAAACGAGAUAACCAAGAGGAUCCUGAAACCGAGCUGGGAGAAGAGCACAGCGUGAAGCAGGAAGGUACCCCUGCGGAGGAACCGAUGAAAGGAGCAGAUAAGCAUCGUUCGGCCGUCGACGAUCCCAUUCAGUCCCCCGACAACAACAAGGAGGUAUACUGCGUGUCCGUUCAGAUCGCUUGA